AAAAGUCGAUUCAGCUGGUACAUUACACGCCAGCAGUGCCUUUGAAGGCUCCGGGACGUAUCGGGUUUCGGCGGGACAAUAAGAAUUAAAAAAUUUAUUCAAUACGUCAUUCAGCUGCUAAAACCCCAUCUAAUUGUAUUCGAGAGUGAAGCACAGAAAUAUUCUUAUUUGAAACGAUGGAAGAUCCUAACGAAGAACUCGAGCCUCUGUUUGAUUACAGCCGCGUCCAGCCUCUUGAUCUUGUUUGUUUAGACGAUGACGAUGAUUGCGUUCGAAUUCCUCCUAAAAAACAGAAGUUCACGGAUGGAGACAAGUCGUCGGAUGCUGAUAAUCUAGCUGGUAAGGCAGUUAUAAAAAUUGAUGAUUGUGAUGAUGAGGAGGAUUGGUUGCCUUCUCCGGUGAAAAUCUCGAUGGAUACAAAGAAGCUUGAAGAGGAUUCUAUUAUUAAAGCUAUUAGGUUGAAGAAGCAGGAGCUUCUGUCUUAUGCUCAAUCAGCUGAAGAUAUUCUGCAAAAUGUUGACGAGCCUGUUAAGAAGGAUUCAGACACUUCACUGCAUAUCUCUUCAGAUUGCGCGGCGGAGCCCCAGCCGAAGCCUGCCAGUGAAAGAGCUAAGAUAGUAAUUGGUAUUCAGGACAAAGAUGAAGUCAAGCACUUUAGGGUGUAUAUGGAUGAUAAGUUUGAAAAACUUAUCAAGAUGUAUGCUGACAAAUUAAAGCUUGACAUACAAACAAUAGCCUUCUCUUUUGAUGGUGAUAAAAUUAGCCCAACAGCUACCCCUGCAGACCUUGGGAUGGAAGAUGAGGACAUCCUCGAGGUGCAUGUGAAGGCAAGAUGAUCUAGAUAAGUUGGAGGUGUUGGCAAACUUGGUUAGACUUUGUACCUGUCUUUUGCACCCCAGCAAUCUCUCUGUUGCUGCUCAUUUUCAGGCAUAUUGAAUGCUCAACCAGCUGCUCAUUUUUGGCUUUCAAUCGCACAUUGACAUUGACAGACUGCGUAUUUCUAAAGAAGUGUACGAGGAUAAAAUCCUUUACUUUUGAAAUACAAGUUCAGGGACCAACAUUUUUGUCAUUUCAUGUAGCAUUUUCUUCUCAAAUUAUUAUAGAAUAGCAUUAAAACAAACAA